AUGCUGCCGAUUUUCAGGUUCUUCAUCGUUUCCAAGAGCACUGUGUUGGAGUACAACCUAGUGCUGGUGGUGGCGGGCAUUAUAUUCAUGUUGGACGUCUACCAUCACGUGAACGCGAAGCAGAAGACGCUUCCCAACAUAUCACUGCGCAGCUACACUCUGGGCCUAAUUCCGUGGCUGUCCUGGAUGCGGGGACUGUCCAUCGUCUCGUACAUACUGAAUGGCCUGCUCGGCAUAUGGAUGGCCCGUCGACCGAGCUUCUUCAAGUAUUGGGGCUAUGUGCUGACCAGCAUCAUGUUGCUGAUCUACACAUUCAGCAUCGCUGUGUCGCGCUUCUUCUUUCCCGACUUUGAGUUCUAUUGCCAUCUGCUAAUAGAGGCAAUCUGGACCGCCAAUGAAAUGGGCCUGCUGGAACGUGAGUUCGACUGCUGCGGCAAGGCCGGCGUUAUAGACUACAUCAUGACUAAUCGCACACCCUCGGCGAUGAGCUGCUGCGAGGUUGAGGACUGUCACGGCUGCAAAAAGAGCUUCAAUGAUUUUCUGUGGAACAUCGAAAUGGAAAUCGCACGCGACAACUUUACACUUUUUGUGAUGAUGUUGAUUGGCCUGGUCAUCAUGACGAUUUUCUUUCACAGCUUGGUUCUAUUCCAGGAUCCCUAUGAACCGGAGUCCUCAACCUUGCCAUCCUCAUCAUAG